CGAGCCUGGAAAAGCAACAUACUCGAACAUUAAAAUACUAAUGAACGAUGUUGGUCAACACCUGCUGUCAGGUGCUGUUUCUGGGUUCGCGUCGAGCAUAUGUCUUCAACCGCUCGAUCUUCUGAAAACCCGCCUGCAGCAAGGCGACGGAACAAUGCAUGGGCCAAGGCCUGCCGGAACCAUUGUAUCUAUUGCCCGUGAUAUAGUCAAGAGCGAAGGAGUGCUCGGCCUAUGGAGAGGAACAUCACCCACGCUCCUACGAAACGUCCCUGGAGUUGCACUAUACUUUACCGGCCUGAACUACACCCGGACGCUCCUCGCCUCUACUCGCUACUUUGCUCUCCCGACACCAGCCACGGAGCGCACACACUCAGGCUCGGUCCUUCCCAAGCUUAACAAGCAGGGAAACCUUCUCGCGGGCGCAACGACGCGCGUCGCCAUCGGGGCCCUGCUCAACCCUUUCGCAGUGCUCAAGGCACGCUACGAGAGUGACCUAUACGCAUAUACCAGUGUCUUCCGCGCCCUUGGUAGCCUCAUCCGCGCAGGCCCUUCGGAGCUCUUCCGCGGCAUUCUCGCCGCGUCCCUCCGCGAUGCACCCUACGCGGGGCUCUUCGUACUCUUCUACGAGCAAAUCAAGGCGGAAGUAGCUAGUGUCGUCUCACCGACCUCGUCGGCGUACUCGACCGGCAUACAUAGCUUCUCUGCCGGAGCUGCAGGGAUGAUUGCUAGCCUCGCCACGCAUCCGUUCGAUGUCAUCAAGACAAAGAUGCAAGUCCGCACCGAAGACAGAUAUCACGGCUUGCUGAGGACCGUCACGACGAUCUACCGCCAACGAGGCAUACCCGGCUUCUACGACGGAGCAGUCCUACGCAUCCUGCGGAAACUGCCCAAUUCGGCCAUUGCAUGGGCGACGUACGAGGGCGUACUUAUGUUUAUGCGGACAUCUCAACGUUAG